AUGGAGUACUUCCCAGCUGGUUUUGGCACCUUUGGGCAGUUGUACCCUGAGAGCGUUCCUCGCAACAUAUCAAGCAUCGGGCACCUUCUCAACCGUUAUGUUCAUAAGACGGAGGAAGUCGUAUGUCCCGAGCCACGCCGAAUAAUUGGGAAGCCGAUUGUCCCGGAGAGCCUCAACAGAAUAUGCUCUAAACCGAGGAGGUGAGGACCCACUUGAACCCUCUCAAGAUGUAAAUCUACGUCAACUGCAGCUUCAUUUCGUUGACUCUUUGUCACUAGAUGCGUUCUUGGAGAGUCAAUAUCCAUUCAAAUGCCUAACAUGCUCAACAUGCCAUGUUUAACGAAUUAAUAUACCCGUAUGGGUAUGAUUAUUCAGAAGUCUAUGCCAAUAUAUGAAGUUACAGCUGACUUUCGUGAUAUUGAGCCAUGUUCAACAUGCCUGGGCAGCAAAUUCUUCAGAGACUAAUGAAGAUCUUCUCUCUUCUGUCUGUUGCAGCUUAUUGGCCCAGCAGAGGGGGGAGGCUCCGGAGAUCUUGGACAUCAUCUUGAGCAGUAGCGUACGUAGUCACUGCGUCUCUGUCAGCCAUUUCUCUGCACGCCCUGUUCCUUCUCUUCUAUCCAAGCUCACCCCUUCUCUGGACCCUCAGGACGACGCAGAUGGUGAUCUCGGCUCGCCCCGUCAGCUGGGUUUCCUCUGCGGCUCGCCUCCUCUCCGAACCAGCAACCCUCUGAUCCUCGAUGCAAAAUUUGAGGAGGUGGCAGCCCCCGAUGCUCUCCCCCAUGGUUGCAGGCCCCUGGCAGUGGCGGCAAGGAUGGAUAGAGCAGUCCUGCCUCUCUCCCCCCUGGGAAAUUCCCACGGAGCAAAGCCACCGAUGGGAGUGGCAGGCCAAGGAGGUCCCCAGCCGAAGGCGGUGAAUGCGGAGAGGGAAUUGCCGCCGCCCAGCUUGGGUGGCGGUGAUUCCCGGCUGGAGGUGGUGAAGGUAGAGAGACCCUCUCCAUCCUGCAAGGGAAAGCCCAGAGUCCGGAUUGAAGGAUUUGCUCCGGCGAGCUCUGAGUCGGGCUGUGUGGUUACGGCCCUGGCGUGA